AUGACAUUCAACGGGGUGGGAUCGACUGCUGGAAAGAGAGACAAGUCCACGCUUUUUCUCAUAGACACAGCAUUGAUACCAAGGAUUUAACGACUGUGUGGACUAAUCCUACUAUUGGAAUAGGCUAUUGCUUUCCUGGACAUCAUUUGAUUUCCCCUAUAAUAAUCAUAAGGGUUAUUGCUGUCACACUGCUACGGCACAAUGCCGCAAGUUUCGAAUAUGGCCAGUAAAAACUAUGACUACGACUACGACUUGGUUCAACCGUACUUCAUUUGCGACGAGGAGGAUAAUUUCUACCAUCCCCACCAAGGCCAGCUCCAACCACCGGCACCCAGCGAGGAUAUAUGGAAGAAAUUCGAACUGUUGCCGACACCACCGCUUUCUCCCAGCCGGCGCCCAUCGCUAUCCAGCCUCUUCCCCUCUACGGCAGAUCAACUGGAGAUGGUCACGGAAUUUCUCGGGGACGACGUGGUCAACCAGAGUUUCAUAUGUGACGCGGAAUAUUCCAAGAGUUUUCUCAAGUCAUUUAUUAUCCAGGACUGUAUGUGGAGCAGUUUUUCAGCAGCUGCCAAAUUAGAAAAAGUAGUAUCUGAGAGACUUGCAACGCUACAGGCAAGGAGGGAAUCGAGUCAAACGGGGGAGUCGAGUCAUGAAGUCAGCACAAGUCCCAAUGUCAGCUACCUGCAAGACCUGAACACGUCGGCUUCGGAAUGUAUAGAUCCCUCAGUUGUCUUCCCUUAUCCCCUUGCUGAGAAUUCCAAACCCACCCAGACAACUUUAGUCUCGACCAUGGCAUUGCCUUUGGAUACCCCUCCAAACAGUGGCAGUAGCAGCAGCGACAGUGAAUCAGAAGAGGAUGACGAUGAUGACGACGACGAGGAGGAAGAGGAGAUUGAUGUGGUGACUGUUGAAAAGAGGAAGUCUGCGAGGAGGUCAGAUUCUAGCGAGUCCGGCAGCACGGAGUACUUCAGCCCACUUGUUCUUAAAAGGUGUCAUGUCAACAUCCACCAGCACAACUACGCGGCACAACCGUCAACGCUAAGCGAGCAGCCCGCCAUCAAGCGGAUUAAGUUUGAGAGCAACGGGAGGGUGCUGAAGCAAUUCAGCCACAACCGUAAAUGCUCGAGUCCCAGGACGUCGGACUCGGAGGAUAACGACAAACGCAGGACUCAUAACGUUUUGGAAAGGCAACGACGGAAUGAGCUCAAGUUGAGCUUUUUUGCUCUAAGGGAUGAGAUUCCAGAUGUUGCAAAUAACGAAAAAGCCGCUAAAGUGGUUAUAUUAAAGAAGGCAACGGAGUGCAUUCUCAGUAUGCAGACAGAUGAGCAGAAACUAUUGACUCUUAAAGGGCAGUUGAGGAGAAAGAGUGAACAGUUGAAACACAGACUUGAUCAGCUAAGAAAUUCUCAGCAGGCCUAAUGAGGGAAAUGGAAGAUAAAGGACUCGUGUUUUAAGGCUUGAACUAACUUGCUGUGUAUAGAUGUGGUGUUGCAUGCAAAUGCAGAAAGAUGACUUAAGUUACCAUAGGUGACCACACACCUGGACUGGAAUUAUGAUAUGUUGACUAUUUCAAUGCCUCACUUGAAACUUUCCUAGAGGUUUUCAAUUUAUUUGUAUUUAAUUAUUUUUAUUAAGGAGUUUUGCAAAUUGCAUAAUUUAACUUAAAAUGCUUUGUUUUUGUAAGUUUUGUAUAUAAUACUCUCAAAUGUAUUGAUCUCACAUACAUUUUAUAAAUCCUGUAUGACAGCA